AUACUCGUACAUACAUUUGGUGUUGGAGAGCUACUGUUUCAACAGGCGAUGUUCAGCUCUAUACUCGUAACGUCCUCACGAAAUCUAAUUUUCGUCCUUGUCCUAGUUAAGAUUUUACAACAGAAGGUUACUUCGGCAGCAGGACACGAAGAAGAUGGAGUAUUCUACUCAAGAGGAGUUGGGCGUCAGGCUGCCAAGAUAACAGCAAUAAGAGUAUACAUAGAUACGACCACAGAAAAACCAGACUCUCAGCCAAUAAAACAACAGUCCAAACAAACAUAUAUUCCCUUAGUAACAGCUCCUGUACUGAGCACGGUACAAGUCCCUUUUGCAAACACCUCAUCUUUCGUGAACCUUUUUAAUUCUGCUAUGCAAAGAAUAACGUUAUUCUUCACAAGCAUUUUUAGUUUUUUCUGAAGAGUUUAUUGCGUUUGAUUUUUUUAUUUAAAUAUUGUUUUGUAUAUUAAUUAGUUUAAUAUUAAAUCCUUACGAAGAGGCAAAUAUUUAUAUUUUACUCUAGAAUUGUAAACUAAAUGAAUGCAGUAGGAUUAAUAUAACACAUAAGUAACUCAUUAAUAUGACACAUAACCAACUAACUAUAUAAGUUUACUUCGU